AGUGAAGAUUUACGUUCCAGCUUAUAUUUUGUCAAUGCAUCUGUGCAAGAGGUAGUGUUUGCCAGCACCACAGGGACCUCGGUGCCCUGUCCCGCCGCGAGCGUGCCCCCCGCCUCGCUGCGCUGGUACCUGGCCACCGGAGAGGAGAUCUACGAUGUCCCCGGGAUCCGCCAUGUGCACCCAAAUGGCACCCUCCAGAUCUUCCACUUCAACCCCUCCAGCUUCAGCAACCUCAUCCAUGACAACACCUACUAUUGCACAGCGGAGAACCCCUCAGGGAAAAUCAGGAGCCAAGAUGUCCAUAUUAAGGCUGUUCUACGAGAGCCCUACACGGUCCGCGUGGAGGACCAGAAAGCCAUGAGAGGCAAUGUGGCGGUGUUCAAGUGCAUUAUCCCAGCCUCGGUGGAGGCCUACAUCACUGUUGUGUCCUGGGAAAAAGACACAGUGUCAAUCAACAUCCAGACGCCUCGGUUCCUCAUUGCCUCCACGGGAGCCCUGUACAUCCUGGACGUGCAAAAUGAGGAUGGAUUGUAUAACUACAGGUGUAUGACACGCCACCGCUACACAGGAGAGACCAGGCAGAGCAACAGCGCACGCCUCUUUGUGUCAGACCCCUCCAACUCGGCGCCGGUCAUCCUGGAUGGCUUUGAGCGUCGCGAGGUGAUGACAUCACACCGGGUGGAGCUACCGUGCAAGGCGUCUGGUCACCCGGCCCCGAAGUACCGCUGGCUGAAGGACAACCGUCCGCUAGAGCCGGACAGCCGCUUCAGGCAGAGUGUGACGGGCCUGCUGAUCGAGAGGGCGCAGCCCAGCGACAAGGGAAGCUACGUGUGUGAAGUGUGGAACAGCUAUGGCAACGCAGAGGUGGUGGGGAGGCUGCAGGUCAAAGAGCCCCUGAAGGCAGUGGUCAGCCCGAGGAAGGUGAAAGGCAGCGUGGGUAGCCAGGUGUCUCUGUCGUGCAGCGUGAGUGGCUCGGAGGAGUACGACCUGUCCUGGUACCGGAAUGGAGAAAUUAUCUACCCUGGGAACAGUGUUCGUAUGACCGGCAACAACCGGGAGAACCUGGUCAUGGCUGGGAUGGCUAAGAGUGAUGGAGGAGCCUACCAGUGCUUCGCUAGGAAAGGCAAGAUGUCCGCCCAGGACUUUGUCCAGGUCAUUCUGGAAGACGGCACGCCCAAGAUCAUCUCUUCCUUCAGUGAGAAAGUGUUUGGAACCAACGAGUUUGUGUCACUGUUCUGCACGGUGAAAGGCACACCGGAGCCCAGGGUGAUGUGGACGCUGGACGACGAUCCAGUCAUCAGGGACUCCCGCCACCGCAUCGGCCACUACACCAACCAGGAGGGCCAUGUGAUCAGCCACCUGAACAUCAGCCAGACAACAGGGCCAGACGGGGGGGUCUACCGGUGCAUCUGCAACAAUUCGGCCGGGGCGGUCUCCUACCAGGCGCGAAUAAACGUAAGAGGGCCUGCCAGCAUACGACCAAUGAAAAACCUCACCGCCAUUGCUGGGCGGGACAUGUACAUUCACUGCCGCGUCAUUGGCUACCCGUACUACUCCAUCAAAUGGCACAAGGACGCCAACCUGCUCCCCUAUAACCACCGGCAGCGGGCAUUUGAGAACAAUGGCACGCUAAAGCUGUAUGAUGUACAGAAGGAUGUGGAUGAGGGAGAGUACACGUGUAGCGUGCUGGUCUCACCUUCUCUCUCCACCAGCCAAAGUGUGCACGUCAGUGUGAAAGUUCCCCCCACCAUCCAUCCCUUCGAGUUCCCUCGUUUCUCUAUUGGCCAACGUGUGUUCAUUCCGUGCGUGGUGAUGUCAGGUGAUCAGCCUGUCUUCAUCACCUGGCAGAAGGACGGUCGGCCAAUCCCGGCCAGCCUCGGCGUAACUAUCGACAACAUAGACUUCACCAGCUCCCUACGUAUCUCCAACCUGUCUCUCCUGCACAAUGGCAACUACACCUGCAUCGCACGCAACCAGGCCGCCACCGUGGAACACCAGAGUCAGCUCAUCGUCAGGGUCCCUCCAAAGUUUGUGGUGCAGCCCAAGGACCAGGACGGCAUCUAUGGAAAAGCUGUGAUCCUCAACUGCUCUGCAGAGGGAUACCCUGUCCCUACCAUAGUGUGGAAGCACUCCAAAGGUGCGGGGGUUCCCCAGUUCCAGCCUAUAGCCUUGAACUCGGGCUUCCGUAUCCAGGUGCUGGUCAACGGCUCUCUGCUCAUCAAACAUGUACUGGAGGAGGACAGCGGCUACUACCUGUGUAAGGUCAGCAAUGACGUGGGAGCUGACGUCAGCAAGUCCAUGUACCUCAACGUCAAAAUCCCAGCCAUGAUCACGUCGUAUCCCAACACCACGCUGGCCACGCAGGGCAGUGAGAAGAGGAUGAGCUGCACGGCCCACGGGGAGAAACCCAUCAUGGUGCGUUGGGAGAAGGAAGAUCGCAUCAUCAACCCAGAGAGCAGCCACCGCUACGUGGUCACCGUCAAAGAAGUGGCCGACGAGGUCAUCUCCACCCUGCAGAUCAGGCCUACAGUGAGGGAAGACUCAGGCUUCUUCUCCUGCCAUGCCAUCAACUCCUAUGGUGAAGACCGAGGGAUCAUUCAGCUAACAGUGCAAGAGCCCCCGGACCCUCCUGAGGUGGAGAUCAGAGAGGUGAAAGACAGGACCAUCGCCCUCCGCUGGACCAUGGGCUUUGACGGAAACAGCCCAAUCACAGGCUUCGACAUUGAGUGCAAGAACAAAUCAGGCUCCUGGGAAACAGCCCAAAGGACCAAAGACGUGUCUCCCCAGCUCAACCAGGCCACCAUCAUAGACCUGCACCCCUCCUCCACCUACAGCAUCCGCAUGUUCGCCAAGAACCACAUCGGCAAGAGUGAGGCCAGCAACGAACUCACCAUCACAACAGACGAAGCAGCCCCUGAUGGUCCCCCACAAGAUGUGCAGCUUGAAGCUUUCUCCUCUCAGAGCAUCAAAGUGUCCUGGAGGGCUCCUAAGAAGCACCUCCAGAAUGGAGCAAUCCGAGGCUACCAGGUGGGCUACAGGGAGUUCAGCUCCGGGGGAAACUACCAGUUCAAUGUCAUCACCAUGGAGACGACGGGGGACAACGACCACAGUGAGAGCAUCACCCUGGACAACCUGAAGAAGUUCACCCAGUAUGGGGUGGUGGUGCAGGCCAGCAACAGUGCUGGGACUGGACCUUCCUCCCAGGAGGUCAUCUCUACCACACUGGAGGAUGUUCCCAGUCGACCUCCAGAGAACGUCCAGGCCACGGCGGCAUCCCCAGAGGUUAUCUCUCUGUCCUGGCUGACCCCUCCUAAAGAUGCCCUCAACGGCAUCCUGCUUGGCUUCAGAGUCAUCUACUGGGCCAACCUGCCGGACGGAGAGCUGGGGGAGAUCCGUAACGUGACCACCUCUAAGCCAUCUCUGGAGCUGGAUGGUCUGGAGAAGUACACUAACUACAGCAUCCAGGUGCUGACCUUCACCCGGGCAGGAGAUGGGGUGCGCAGCGAGCAGAUCUUCACCCGCACCAAGGAGGACGUCCCUGGUCCUCCGGCUGGCGUGAAGGCAGCGGCGGCGUCUAACUCAGUGGUGUUUGUGUCGUGGCUCCCUCCUCUCAAACUCAACGGCAUCAUCAGGAAAUACACUGUCUUCUGCUCUAACCCACACCCCACGGUGAGCAGUGAGUUUGAAGCAGCUCCAGACAUCUUCUUCUACCGUAUCCCCAACCUGAGCAGGAACCGUCAGUACAGCAUCUGGGUGGUGGCCGUCACCGCAGCCGGCCGCGGAAACGCCAGCGACAUCAUCACCGUCAAGCCCCUGGCCGAGGCUCCUGCUCAGAUUCUGACGUUCAACGGCACCGUGACCACACCCUGGAUGAGGGACAUCGUGUUGCCCUGUAAGGCGGUGGGCGACCCAGCCCCCACGGUCAAGUGGCUCAAGGAGACCAAUGGAAGCCCCGCCCCUGCUGUGAUCGACAGUAGACGCAUCAUCCAGGGCAAUGGCAGCCUAGUCAUCCGCACAGUGAAAGCUGAGGAUUCUGGGAACUACACCUGUGUGGCUAGCAACAGUUUUGGGCCGGAUAAAAUCAUCCUCAACCUGCAGGUUCAAGUUCCCCCAGACCAGCCUCGUCUUACCGUUACCAAGACGACCACCACAUCUAUCACUCUGUCCUGGAUACCAGGAGACAACGGAGGCAGCUCCAUCAGAGGCUACAUCCUGCAAUACUCAGAGGACAACAGUGAGCAGUGGGGCAACUUUGCCAUCAGCCCUAGUGAGCGUUCCUAUCGCCUGGAGAACCUGAAGUGUGGCACCUGGUACAAAUUUACACUGACGGCACAGAAUGCUGUGGGGCCAGGGCGAAUCAGUGAGAUCAUCGAAGCUAAGACUCAUGGGAAAGAACCCCAGUACUCUAAAGAACAGGAGCUCUUCACCAGUAUCAAUGCCACGCGUGUCAAGCUCAACCUGAUUGGCUGGAACAACGGCGGCUGUCCAAUCACAUCCUUCACGUUGGAGUACCGUUCGGUGGUGUCUCCCACGUGGACCACGGCCCAGCGCACCUCUUUGAUCAAGAGCUACAUCCUGUAUGACCUGGCCGAGGCCACCUGGUACGAACUGCAGAUGAAGGUGUUCAACAGCGCCGGCUCAGCAGAGAAGAGGGUCAAGUUCGCCACACUCAGCUACGACGGCAGUACCAUCGCUCCCCUGGUGAAGGCCCCGACGGUGAGUGCGGGCAGUACGUCCAGUAACGAGGGUCUGAAAAUGGUGACCAUCAUCUCGUGUGUUCUGGUGGGCAUCGUGCUGGUCUUCGUCCUGCUACUUGUGCUCAGGAGGCGGAGGCGGGAACAGAGACUGAAGAGGCUUCGAGAUGCUAAAAGUUUAGCCGAGAUGCUGAUGAGUAAAAACACACGACCUGCAGACACCAUCAACAAGCAGCAGCAGACCAUGAGAAUGCACAUCGACAUCCCCCGAGCCCAGCUGCUCAUAGAGGAGAGAGACACCAUGGAGACAGUCGAUGACAGGUCCACAGUGCUACUGACUGACAAUGACUUUGGGGAGACCCAGAAACAGAAGUCGUCUACGGUUACCCACACUGUCCACUACCAGUCCCUGUCACAGGCCACUGGACCUCUAGUGGAUGUAUCUGACGCUAGGCCAGGAACCAACCCCACAGCCCGCCGCACAGCCAAAGCAGGCCCUGCCGCACGCAACCGCUACGCUAGCCAGUGGACCCUGAACCGACCACACCCGCCAGUCUCGGCCCACACCCUAAGCACUGACUGGAGGCUGCCCACGCCACGGGUGGCCGGAUCUGUGGAUAAGGAGAGUGACAGCUACAGUGUCAGCCCAUCUCAGGACACAGACCGAGCACGGAGCAGCAUGGUGUCUACAGAGAGCGCGUCAUCCACCUAUGAGGAGCUGGCGCGGGCCUACGAGCACGCCAAAAUGGAGGAGCAGCUGCGCCACGCCAAGUUCACCAUCACAGAAUGCUUCAUCUCGGACACGUCAUCGGAGCAGAUGACGGCAGGCACCAACGACUACACAGACAGCCUGACAUCCAGCACGCCCUCCGAGUCAGGCAUCUGCAGGUUCACCGCCUCCCCGCCCAAGCCUCAGGACGUCAGCCGAGUCAUGAACAUGGCCGUGCCCAAGGCUCACAGACCGGGUGAGCUUGUGCACCUGCCUCCUUACCUGCGCAUGGACUUCCUGCUGAACCGUGGCAUGUCAUGCACGGGCACUGGAGGGAGGGGUGGUGCCGGGGGGGAGGGGGCCAUGGGUCAGGCCUGUCUGGAACCCCAGAAGAGUCGCUCCCUGAAGCGGCCAUCGCGUAUGGCGCCCCCUACACCCACAGAGGCCCCCCAGGCCACCAGCAGGGCCAGCAGCAGGGACCCAGUGCCCCAAUGGCAGCCCGGCUCAGCCGCCACCCUGCCCCACAGAGAGGGCUCAGAGCUGACCCAGGCCGCCAAGCUCAGCACCUCCCAGGAGUCCCUACUGGACUCACGAGGACACCUCAAACAGACCAACAACCCCUACGCAAAGUCCUAUACGCUGGUAUAA